CAAGCCAGCGCCUGACCCUAUCGUAUAAAAGCAUACCGUAAACUGAAAAUCCGAAAUUUUGAACUGAAUUUCAGUUUCUAAAAUGGAUUCACCGGAAGGUAUUCAGCGGUUUCGCUUCGAACUCGACGAGUCGUAUCGGCCUCUUCCUUCAGUGUACCUCGCUUUACUCACCAUCUGGUUGCUCUCUGCUUUUUCUUGGACUAUCAACACCUAUAAAAACCGCCACUUUCAGAUGAACAACCUUCAGUGGACGCUGGCAUCUGUGCCUCUGAUCAAAGCUUUGCAGCUCAUGCUUUCAUUCCUCUUCUGGUAUUCAUGCUUUUACCAUGAAAUAUGUUCACUUUGGUUGUCAUUUGGGGUGUAUAUAACUGGCGUGCUUUUCCAAACAGCUUCUUUUGUGUCCUUCUUGCUCAUCUCUCAUGGUUACUGCAUCAUGUGUGAGCGCCUUUCAGCAACUGAGCGCCGUGCUACGGCUGCACUUGGCUGUGUCUUUUACUUGACUCUUGUAGGGUACAGGGCUUCUGUACCAUAUUUCACAGUUCUGCUGCUGCUGAAUUAUUUAAUUUCAUUCUAUCUGAUUUUCCGCCAGAUAGCUCAAAAUCUUUCAGUUUUGAGGGAACAGUUAACCUUUAUAGAGGAUGAGGAUGUUCGAGAAAUGCAUGAUGCAGUGUAUACAAAGUACAUUAUGUUCAAGAAAUUUCAGGGUGCAAUGCAAAUAGUAGCCAUGGCUGAAACUGUGAUAUACAUUAAUGUCGAUACCUCUUCAGAAAAUUAUUGGCUACGCUUGUUAGUUAAAGAAUGGGCUCAGUUCUGCAUAUUAAUAUACAUCGGGUGGACUUUUAGGUCACAAGGCUUAGCACCACGAUUCUUUGUGAUGCCAACCAUAAAAUCUGAAGGAGAUAUAAUGGUGCCUCCAGUUUACAGUAUUGAAAUGGAUGCCACAACUUUUAAAGAUUUUAAUUGUAAUGAAUGGCACAUUGGAGUGCCAAUUUCUUCAUCUUGUGACAAAAGCUCCAUGGAUUCAAUUGUAGUUGUGAUUCAGAAUCCUCAUCCACUUAAACUGCCAACUGUCACCACAGCUUCACAGAUUGGAUAGCUUCUCAUACUGCAGACUUGUAUACAGGCUAAGCUUCAGUCAGAACAACGAGUACAGCAAGGUAGCCAUGAAUAGGCAGCUUUAAGUCCAGUUUUUGGUGGUAGACGAUUGUAUCAACAAAUUUAAUUUCAAUUUUAAACAUACACAAUUUUAUAGAAAUUUGAUGCGGUAGUAUAUGGUUGACUAGCCUGAGUUGGUCCCUGCUGCCCACUAGUUGUAUUCUUUGAAAUAUUGUAAUCCUGUCAAAAGAAAAAGAAAAAUAAAUGUAUAUAUUUCCAAUCUUUUUCA